UCUUAACAUUUCUCUCUACCUAACUUAGCUAGGUUAGCAUCUCUCUCUCUCUCUCUCUCUCUCUCUCUCUCUCUCCCUGGGGCCAUAAUAUUCUUAUGUCUUAAAUGUACUUGGCCAAUUCUCUCAUAUACCCUACUAUGUACUACAAAUAUUGUUUAGUUGUUCUUUGUGUUCUUUUGGUAUAAUAUGGCUUAAAAAGUGAAUCAUCAUAUAUGUUGAUUAUAAUUUAUUCAUAUCUUAGCUUGUUUCUUAUUUAAGUUGUUUGAUAAUCAAUAUGUAUAUAUAGAGAGAGAGAGAGAGAGAGAGAGGGAGGUAAUUAACAACUCAAAAGCAAUGGAUCAUGGUGGCAUAGUUCUCAACAAAGUGGAUGAAACCACCAUGGAUUUGCCCCCCGGUUUUCGCUUCCACCCGACCGACGAAGAGCUCAUCACUCACUACCUCGCCAAGAAGGUCGUCGACGAGGGCUUCUCCCCGAGAGCCAUCGGAGAAGUCGACUUGAACAAGUGUGAGCCAUGGGAGCUACCUUGUAGAGCCAAAAUGGGGGAAAAGGAGUGGUACUUCUUUUGUGUGAGAGAUAGGAAGUACCCAACUGGUUUGAGAACAAAUAGAGCAACUGAGGCAGGGUAUUGGAAAGCAACAGGGAAAGAUAGGGAGAUUUAUAGAGGGAGAACACUUGUUGGGAUGAAGAAGACUCUUGUUUUCUAUGGAGGGAGAGCCCCAAAGGGGGAGAAGAGCAAUUGGGUCAUGCAUGAGUAUAGGUUGGAAGGGAAAUACUCUCCCUACAACCUCCCCAAAACAGCAAAAAACGAGUGGGUGAUAUGUAGGGUGUUCAAGAAGAGCUCGGGAGGGAAAAAGGUCAUUGGAAUGGUUAUGAAUAGCGCAGCUUCAUCUUUCGAAAACAACUCAACUCCUCCUCCUCCUCUUCCUCCUCCUCCUCCUCCUCCUCCUCUUCCUCCAUUAAUGGACAUGUCCACCACCAAAAAGUGCUUCUCCACAGCAGCUGCAGCAGCUUCUGAGGUGGCCCACGUGACCUGCUUCUCCAACGCAGUGGAGGGUCAUCAAAGGAGCCACGAAGAGCUCUUCCUAACUGAGUACUUAAGCAACGAAGCCCCACAAAUACCCACUUCCUUGUUCCUAAUGGGCAAUAACUUGCACUACCCGGGAGGGGCCUUGGUGCAAUUGCUGGGGAGUGGAGGGGGCUAUGUGCAAAAGAGGGAGAGGGAUCAGAUGCUCAGCGCGUCGCAGGAAACAGGUUUGACCACGGAUGUGAACGCUGAGAUCUCGUCCACGUCAGCAGGGCCCAUGCACCACCUUGAUGAGUCACUUUGGAGCUAUUAAUUAAUUAAUUAAUUAAUUAAUUAAUUACUUAUUAAGAGUUUUAUUUAGAGAGAGAGAGAGAGAAAGAGAG